AUGCUGUUGAAACCCACCUUCAAUCUCUCCCCAUCCAUGCUCAAAACCCUCAUCACCCACAAAAAAAACCCAUCUUUCUUGCUCAAUUGGUCUCCAUGGCGCUCUCGCUCACUAAAACCCUUAAACCCCAUCACCCGCAGACCGUCUCAACACCUCUCCACCGCCGCCGCCGCCGUGCCCCAUGACCGAUCAGCCCCGGUUCGAAAAGGGCGUCCUCACAAUAGUACUGAACGAGACGAAUCCCAAAUGGGUCUCAAGGCAGAGAGAAGAGCCCGUCGCAACUCUCCAUCUGGUACCCUUCUUUCCAAGCUUUGCAGUUGCUCUAGAGAUAACGAUACCAAAGAAGCUCUUCGUCUAUACGAAGAAGCGUUAAUCAACGAUGUUCCACUCAACGUCGAGCAUUACAAUAAGUUGUUGUAUUUGUGUUCUUCUAGUACUACUGAUCUAGACUUAGAAAGGGGUUUCGAGAUAUACAAGCGAAUGGAGAGUAAAGUCGUCCCAAAUGAAGCAACUUUUACCACUAUGGCUAGAUUGGCUGCUGCUAAAGAAGACCCUGAAAUGGCCUUUAAUUUGGUGAAAAGAAUGAAGGAGGAAUGUGGGAUUUCGCCUAAACUUCGGUCUUAUGUCCCGGCUUUAUCGGGGUUUUGCAAGAAAGAAAUGGCUGAUAAGGCUUAUGAGGUUGAUGCUUACAUGAUUCAGAAUGGGGUUGCAGCUGAAGAGGUUGAACUUGCAAUGCUUUUGGGGGUUAGUUCCCAUUCGGGAAGGGUGGAUAAAGUAUAUGAAAUGUUACAUAGAUUAAGAGCUAUGGUUAGGCAGGUGAGUGAAGAUACGGCCACAUUGAUAGAAGAUUGGUUUAGUUCAGAUAGAGCUACGGGUGUGGGUCAGGUGAAUUGGGAUGUGGAGAAGGUUAGAGAAGCGAUUCUGGAACGUGGCGGUGGGUGGCAUGGGCAAGGGUGGUUCGGGAAUGGGAAAUGGCAAGUGAUGAGGACGAAGAUGGAUGCAAGGGGUGUUUGCCAAUCUUGUGGCGAAAAGCUUGUUAGCAUUGAUCUUGAUCCUUUGGAAACAGAAAACUUUGCUAGUUCCUUGAGUAAUUUGGCUUGCCAACGAGAGACAAGAGCCGAUUUUUUGCGGUUUCAGGAAUGGCUUCAAAAGCAUGGUCCAUUUGAUGCAGUUGUGGAUGGUGCAAAUGUGGGUUAUCUCAAGAACUAUUUCGACUUCAAUCAGCUUAAAUAUGCAGUCAACUCAGCACGUAAACUGAGUCCAUCAAAUAGGUUACCGCUUGUCAUUCUGCAUAGUGGUCGAGUCAGAGGUCAACACACCGGGAAUCCAAGGAAUAAAACGGCAUUGCAGCAGUGGAAUGAGUCUGGGGCACUUUAUGUUACUCCCCAAGGAUCAAAUGAUGAUUGGUAUUGGUUAUACGCUGCUAUAAGUAGCAAGUGUUUGCUGGUGACAAACGAUGAGAUGCGAGAUCACUUGUUUGAAUUGCUAGGCACUAACUUCUUCCCAAGAUGGAAAGAAAAGCACCAGGUUCGAUUGUCUCUUACAAGCAAUGGACUUCAAUUUCACAUGCCUCCACCGUACUCGAUUGUUAUUCAGGAGUCAGAACGAGGCAGGUGGCACAUACCAACUGUGUGCAGAGAUGACUUGGAGACCAACAGACAGUGGGUUUGUGCCCAGCCAGACCACGUGACGGUUUUGCCAUGAGCUGUUAUCGUUUCUUAGACCGGUUGGCUCUGUGGUUGCAGCGGUCGGAUUAGGUGCUCGAUUUGGCAUGUUACCUCCCUUCCCAUGUAGCAAAACCAUCCUUCAGUUCACAUGACAGGGUUGGCUUUUGCCAAGAAACAUGAAAGAAAGAAUGCAUGCAAAAGAGAAGUUAGAAAAAGUAGUACAUUUAAUUCUUACAAUAUUUCCAUUGUUCUAAAAUGGUGAUAAGUACCAUGUCAAUGGCACAAUCCAUUAUUAUGUGGUAGGUUUUAGUAAUGUAUCUUGUAAUACAUAAUUUAUGGUAUAAAUUUUAAUACAUGGUUUUGAA